ACCUAGACCGGAAAGUCAAUAUUUCUUUGCGGAAGUAAAACGGAAAUGAAGGGGAUUAACGAUUUUUUUGUUUUGUCUUUACUGCGUUAUUAGGAUUCAUUCUCCAAUACGCUUUAUUUUUGUCCUCUGUCCGCUGAUUCUGACCGCGGCGCUAGCGACGCUGACAUGGCCGCAGCCGCCGCCAACCCUCCAGGCUUUCCCACCAAGACCCGCGUGGCCAUCCUGGCCGAGCUGGACAAGGAGAAGCGGCGGCUGCUCCAGACUCAAUCCAUGAGCGAGCCCGGAGCCAACACGCCGCUGACCUCCAGGGGCGGCGCGGCGAAGGAGGCGAGGGACAGCGCGGAGCAGCAGCACAUCGCCGCCCAGCAGAAGGCCGCCCUGCAGCACGCCCACGGACACUCGUCCGGCUUCUUCAUCACGCAGGACUCGUCGUUCGGGAACCUCAUCCUGCCGGUGCUUCCCCGCCUGGAGCCCGACUUGUAGUCAACUUGCGGCCUCUCCUCGCAGUCUGUUGGACUGAGGAUCUCGUCCCAGGGGUCAUAUUGUCACAUUUGUAUGUACAGUUCUGAAGAAUUCAGAUUGAGAACGACUUCAGCGUGUUCUUUUUAGACAUUAAAUAUAAAAUGGCUACAGUA